AUGCCUUUUGAUAUUGAGAACCUUGAUUCAUCAUUAAAAGUAUUUGAUGGAAGCUUCUUUGGUGGAGGAAUUAGAGGAAAUUCAUCAUUCAACGAGCAAAAGAAACAGAAAGCAAGUUUCACUUCAAAGAAAAGAAUUGAUACUUACUUGGGAAACAUCCUUACUGAUAUGUCUGGAAUUGACUUAUCAAAGAAUAAACUAAAGGGAAAUAUCCCAUACGAUCUUGGAAAAUUGACAAGAAUCAAAGCAUUGAACUUGUCUCAUAAUGAUUUGAGUGGACAAAUUUCAGAUUCAUUCUCGAAUUUGGUGCAAAUAGAGAGUUUAGAUCUUUCUUCUAACAAGUUGGAUGGUCAAAUUCCUCCUAAGCUCAACAUCCUAACCUCACUUGAAGUGUUAAGUGUGGCACACAACUGUUAG